AUGGCCGAGGCUGUGCCGGUCACUGCUGGGAGAACGACAGCGAGACGUACUACAAACGCACCAACACCGGUCGUCGCUGCAAACACUGACAGCGGCAGCAACCCCACCACAGCCAAACCCCAUAACGGCCCCGUCACUGCCGAGGCGGCAGUCCAAAGUGUCUCCUCUUCUUCCUCCUCAAUUCUGCAGCGCUAUCUACCACCGGCGUCGUCACCUUCGCUGGAUAAGGCGUGGAACUCGAGCGAUGCGGUGGUGUUCUCCACCUUCCUCGCACAGGUGCAGUUUUCCUUUGUGCGCUGCUGCUGCCAGCUGCUGGCGAAGCUGACCACCGCCACCAGCCCAGCGUUUCUGCACGCCGCAGCGCUCGGCGAAGCAGCCCUGGCCUCCGCCGCCUCCAACGCCAGAGACAGCGUCGAUCCCGGUGACGUCAACGCACUUUCGGCGGUGGACCAGCUGGCCGAUCGGCAAGAGCAGGCCUACCGCACCAUCCGUGCGACCAUCGCCGCCUCCUGCGAACUGGGUCACCGAUCGUGCCAAGUUUUGUGGGGUCCGCGUGGCAGCGGCAAACACCGCCUUCUGCGACUUCUCGCGCAGGAGGUGCGACGCACGCCGCGCACCUUCGUGAUGGAGCUGCAUGGGCGGCUGCUGCGCGAUGAUGAGGCGGCCCUUGGGGUGAUUGCGCAGCAGCUCUUUGCGUUUCUGCAGAGCCCGCAGUCGCAGCAGCUGCGGGCUGCCCACUAUUUGCUGCGCACGGGAUCGUUUGGGUUUGGCCAGCUCUUUCACUUCGAGCGACGUAUGCAGGCGGCGGCCAUCGCAGCAACAGCAGUGAUGGAGGGAGAAGAGGAAGACGAGACGCGUGACCAAUCGGCUGCUCAACGACGCAGGGGUGCGACCGGCGCUGGGGUGAGGGGUGCCGGAUCCGGCAAGCCUCCUAAGAAACGUUCCGCACAGCGCGGCAGGCAAUCAGAAGUCGUGUUAUCAGACAGCGACUCCGACUCAGCAGCUGAAGACGAGGAGGAGGAUGACGAAGAGUUGGGCAACGCGGACAUGAUGGUCACCUCCACCACUGCCUACCUCACCGGCGGUGCCGCCAGCGCCUUACCCCACCUUCAGCGGGCGCUGCUACUCCUCAAGAGCCAAGGCUGCAGCAUCGUUGUGUGCAUCCGCGACAUCGACGUCUUCGGCAUUCGCUGCGACCAACUUCUGUACGUCCUGUCGGGUCUGAUGCACGACAGUGAAGGCAGCAAUGACGGGGGCGGUCUCUCGCUGGUGCUGGCGUCCGCCGCGCCGGACAUACGCCAGCUGGAGAAGCGACUGUCGAGUCGCCUGACCUGCGAGACGCGCUACGUGCCGCUGCUACCGUGGUCCCUCAGCGGCCUCUUAGCGGCCACGUUGCACGUUGCGGCGCAAGAUGCGUCGUUUCAGCUUCGACUGCGGGAGCAGAGCCGGGAGCGGGCGGAGCUGCUGUCAGCGCUGCGUGACGGUGCGACGCGGCUGCGCCGGGGCCGGGAAAGCCUCCCGCACAGUGGCGCUGCGGCGAAGAAGGCGGAGGCGAAGGCGAUGAAGGAACUGCAGGACUCGAUGGCCGGUCUGGAGGCUCGUCUGCACGUCGUGGAGGCGAAUUUGCGCGAGACGCGCGCGCAGCGUCGACACUUUCUUGGAUUUCUCGACACGGAUUCAGCCGUCUCUGCCACUUCCGCUGGUGCUGGACACCUCUCCUCGACGAUGCAAACCGCGAGUAGGAAGCCGCUUUCCGAAAGCGGUGCCCCUGCAUUAGGACUUGUGAAGGCUUCGGGGUGGCGGCCUACACCUCCGUCUACGCAGCCGGCACGGAUCGCCACAGCUCCGGCUUCGUCGCAGCAAUCCACAACGUCGUCCGGCUUCGUCGCACCGCGAUCCUGGACGGUGGAGGGGCUGCACGCGCAGCCCGGUCUUACACAGGAGGUGCAGUGUGUGCUAUGCGAGGAGCUGCUGCGGCAACUGCGCGUGGCGGUGACCGCGGCGGCCGCGCUGCGAAAACCAGAGACGAAAGAAGGCGGCGGCGGUGUCGGUGCUGACGCCGCUACCUGUUUGGUGCAGCGGGUGGUGUCUCUCGGUGUGGAGAUAGAGCUGGAGAGCGGCACGAGCGGCACGAUGCUAACGGCGCUGACGAGUGCGCUGUGCAAGACGGCCAGCGGCGAAGUCGAUUUGAUGGGUGUUCAUGGUCGACGCAUGUUGCUGCAGUGGAUGCGUGCACGGCUGCAGCACGCGCCGAUUCCCUUGAUGUCCGACUACACCGAUGAGGGUGCGGUCAAGACAAGCAGCUCCGCCUGUCCGCCUGGGUUGCCGAUGAGGAUUCUGAUAGUCUGGAGACAAUCCGCCCAGUCACUAGCGUCUCCGUCGACGGCGGCCGCGAAGGUGGACAAGGCAAGCAGCGGCAGUAGUGAUGCGCUGUCCUCGUCGAGCAGCCCUGUUUUGAAGCCGCCCUUCUCCCUUUCCACUGAAAGUGUUUCUCAAGGCGGCGCUGCCGACCAAUCGCCUGCAUCCACAACGGCAGGCGUGAAUGCACCGUCGGUGUUGCACCGCCGUAGUGAGAGUCUCGCCCUUCUGCCCCCUCUCUCCCUUCUGCCGCCGCACCUCUUCGAUCUCCUCGCGGAAGGGCAGCUGGUAGGCAUGGGCUACGGCAGCCGGGAGAUGAUGUUGGUGCUCUUCUACAUGCAUCUGCACCACACCACCGGCGUGCGGCAGCGAACCGUAGCCGAUCUGCUCGAGGACGUCUCUUCCUCGCUCGGCACGAGAGCCGCUGCUGCGCUGGAUCGCGAGGCCUUCCGCUACGCCAUUCGCCUGCUGUGUCGCUGGCGCCUCCUGACGGUGGGGGAGAGCCACGCACAGUCGGUGCAGCUGUGCGGCAGCGACACGCGGCUGCGGGAGUUCCUGGCGACGGUGCUGUCGAAGCAUCCGGCGUGGUGCGAGGCGGAGCUCGGCCUCGACGCGCGGGAGGUCAUGCGCUUUCGAAACCUUGUGUAA